CUUGAAUAAAAUACUAUAGACACAGACUUUUUCUCUGACUCUCUGUAAUCGACAGUAAGCUCAGUAAUGGAGAUCGAAUCAGUAAUCGAGUUUCUAUCUCAGGUUCCGUUAUUACAAAGACUCCCAACUUCAUCACUGCAUAAGAUUGCCCAACUUAUCCAGUUCAAACAUUACAAUUCAGGUGAGUAUGUUGCUCGAGAAGGAGAAAUUAAGUAUGGAAUUUACUUCAUCUGGCACGGUGAGGUGGAAGUUCGCGGUGUGUCCGUUAAUCUGGAGAGUGAAGAUCAUUCAGAAAUUCAGUUGAAAAUACAUGAUUACUUUGGCCAUGGGGCAGUAAGUUCCUUUCAUGAGGCUGAUGUGAUUGCUUUAACUAAGCUAACCUGCUUGAUGUUGCCCAGUGAAUAUAGUACGUUGCUGCAGCCAAAUUCAAUCUGGUCAGCUCAAGAAACGCAUGAUGAGAGACUCUCAAUGGUGGAACGUGUACUGCAGUUGGAACCAAUUGAUGUAAAUAUUUUCCGUGGAUUCACAUUGCCUGAAGCUCCAACGUUUGCACAGGUUUUCGGGGGACAGUUGAUUGCACAGUCACUGGCUGCCGCGACAAAGACUGUUGAUUGUGGAAAACUUGUACAUAGUUUGCACAGUUAUUUCCUACUUGUUGGGAAUCUAGACAUGCCAGUUAUAUAUGAGGUUCAUCGGCUACGUGAUGGGAAUAGCUUUGCUACCCGAAGAGUAGAUGCUAUACAAAAUGGAAAUGUCAUAUUCACUUUGCUCGCUUCAUUUCAGAAGGACGAAAAUGGGUUCGAGCACCAGGAAGUUAUAAUGCCAUCUGUUCUAUCUCCAGAAACGCUUCUAACAAUGGAAGAGUUGCGAGAGAGGCGUCUUUCUCGUCCUCCUUUUCCCAGGGACCAUCGUGAGAAUCUGGAUACUUAUGUUCCUUGGCCUGUAGAUAUAAAGUUUUGUGAGGAAGCUGACUGUAGCCAAACCAAAACGCCACCAAGAAUGAGGUACUGGUUUAAAGCAAAGGGAAGGCUUUCAGAUGACCUGGCUUUGCACAGAUGUGUGGUUGCUUAUACUUCAGAUCUUAUAUUCAGUGCAAUAAGCUUGAACCCUCAUUAUGAAAGAGGUGUGAAGACGUUAGCACUCAGUUUGGAUCACUCGAUGUGGUUUCACCGGCCAUUUAGAGCUGAUGACUGGAUAUUAUAUGUGAUUGAAAGUCCGUGUGCGGCUAGUGGGCGGGGAUAUGCUUCUGCGCAUAUGUUUAAUCAGAAAGGAGAGCUUAUCAUUUCAUUGGUUCAAGAGGCUCUAACCAGGAAAAUUCGAGCUUCACGUCCAAUUGCCCAUUCAAAUCUGUAAAUAUCUUAGAUUGGUCAGUUCAAAUUUAGGAAUAUCAGUGUAUAUGCGGAGCCAAAGAAUGAGACUUUGGUAUUUCCUGAUUGCCAUAGAGAUGAAACAGACUUGAUGACACUUAAGUAUAUGGUGUAUAAGGGUUUGUCUAUGGAUGUUAAAGAGAAGUUUAAUUUAUAUUGGUUUAAGGAAGAAUGUCUGCCACUGCCAUUGUUAAACAAUGAUGAUUUUGAUAAUUUUUGGGAGGAUUCUUUUGUAAAUGAGGAUGGAUGUAUAUGUUUGUGGAUGGGGAUGAAAGACACAGUGUUUGGGACUCCAAAGACUACACCAAAGAAGAAGACAGUUAGUAAGGGAACCACCCCUAGAAGAUCCCCAAGGCUAAAUAGUGUGGAUAAAUCAGUUGAAGGUGCAUCAAGAAAGCUGAGUUUCAUGGAUGUGCCCAUGUCCAAACAUUCUCAGGCUAGUAGCAGUGGUUGCUGUCAGUCAAAAGCUACAAAUGAAGUUAAGUUUGUUGAAGAUGUGGACAAUAUUCAGCUGGAAAACACCAAAGAAGAUGAAUGUCACCCAAUUGAGAAUCCAGAA